CGAACUUCGUGAACAAGUAUUUCAGCUUUCUACAACGGCCCGAAGCAGACUUUACCAAGUGUGCCGCACCAUUGAAGGAGCAGUCAUCUUCUGAAGUUACGGCUUGAAGAAAAAUUGCAAGAUAUAAGUAUAUGUGAAAAUGUAAGAUGAGUUUAUGUGUCAAUGACGUUCUUGCCCAGUACAGAAGUCCGUGCUGCAACCUUUCAAUUUACUACGAGAUUUGAAGAUGAAGAUUCUACUUCGUUGUGACUUUCUCGACUCAACUUCUAACGAAGGGUAUGGGAGUAUCGGGUCUCCUGUGAAAGGUUCAGGCGUGAGCGGCGCUACCCAUCCCGAGGACUUGGAAGCGCAGUCGCUAGCUCCGCUGGAAACUUAUGUCCGACAGAAAAAAAUUGAGUCGAUAUACAAAUUGUGAACUAUGUAUUGGGAUCAGAUAAUUACAACACUUUGUAUAAUUUGCAUACCCGUACCCCCAUCACCAUCUACAUUUCCAUCAUGAUAGUCCUGCCAUCGAAACACACCCUGCUAAUUUGCGACGUUCUUUUGCGUACCGAACUGGCUCUCGGCAAUCUUCUGUUACUCUGGGGCGCGUGCCGCACUAGUUCUUUUAGUUGUCUUGACGGCGAUGCUGUUGGGCACCUUCGUUAUCUACGACCACGUUACCGGACGGGGGAUGGUCGCGGCCUUAUUGCCUAGUUGGCUAGGCCAUGGUAGGAAACGAGGAGGACGAAGAGACAAGAACACAGAGUGGCUUUCGUGGAUAGAAGACUUGGAGCUAUCGUCGCGUGACCUGGCGAACGGUUACCAUGCGAACGGGUUUGCUGAGGUUGAGGCCCUCGUUGGGGAGCAGCAGGAUUUGGGACCGCCGGGCGAACGGCGCCGACCAUCGCAGAAGCGCAAGAGCAGGACACCACAGGAACUGCAAUUAGAAAGGGAGCGAGAAAAACGACAACGAGCUAAUCGAGCCAAACAAUACGUGGAGAAACGCUGGAGAAUAUUCGGGAAUGCUUUGGAACCGCACAAGCGACUUUCGAAGACUCUCAAAACUCUAAGAGAGAUGAAAGCAGAUGAAGAUCAAGGUACCAGUUGGGAGUUUCCUUCAUUUGUCGCUCCUCCGACGAGUAAGAUGCCAGAUGGUGGAGAAGAGGUGGAAGGAGGCAAUGAUGAAGUGCAGGUUUUCCUGUACGAACCGUGCCCGAACGACUUCCUUUCUGAGGCAAAGGAUCGGCGCUUGCCUCGCGGAAAGGCUGGGCAGGCUUGGCAGGAGGCGCUCAACACUGGAGGUUGCGCUGUAAAGCGUUUCGAUGCAUCAAUCCAGCAUAAGCAUGAGGAUCCGGAUUGGCUGCCCAGCAUGUUUGACGAAGCUUACCUUCAAUAUUUGCUUUGGUGGAGCUUUGCGGUUGAGGAGGGGGUCAAUCUCCAAUGUGCUCCGGCAGUGUUCGCUGUUUCGCAGAGCACGCAGUACUUCUACAUUGUCAUGGAAAGAGUGGACAUUUUGGGGAAACAGACAAACAUCUUCAACAUCAUGGAAGAAGAAAGGGCAGGCAGCGUGAACAAGCUCUAUCAAGACCUUCAACCAUUGAACGAUCAAGCCAGGCUGACAGGUGUAGUGGGUUCGGAGAAAUACUUUACACAAGAUCAGUUCACGCACCUGCUUGGUCUCUCUCGCGCCUCCUCUCAGGGUGCUUUCGAAGAGUAUCUGAAAAAACAAGAACUAGUGUUGCCCAGCUCCACUUUGCAGCGUUAUCUCGAGGACCGGUCGACCCGCAUCAUGCUUUUCGGCGGAUAUCAACGAUGUGCUGAGGCUCUGGUCAUUAGCGGAGUUACGCAUCGCGACAUUAAGCUCGAGAACCUAGCGCUUCAUCGCAAACACGUGAGCGUAUUCCAAGACACUUCUGCAACAACGAACGAGCAGGCGAAGGCCCUUUCGAGUCACGUUCGGUUCAUCGAUUUCGGCGCCGCUGGAGUGCAACUCUUUAACCAGGGCCAUGGUCUGGGGGAGGAUGAGAAGAUGGGGAUUCUGGCUCACAUCGAAAAUCCCUUUCCAGGAUCUCUUCACAUUUUUCAUCCGCUUCGUUUCGGGUCGCCACUGUGUCUCUCGGAAAUUGAACAAGAUCCGCAAUAUCCGUAUCAAACGAUGGGGCGCCACCUUGAUUACUGUUAUGUCAUGACGUACUAUUUUCUCAUUACUGGUUAAGGAGUUUCGGAGCACAUAUGUAGUCGGCACUGGUGGCAUGGAGCUAUUUCUGGUCCUGUGGAAUAAUGAUAACGCCAUGUGGCCUGAAGAUGGGUUUGUAAAAUUGGCUAGAAGGUAGCUAUGAUUCUAUGACACUGCAGUUACGUAUAUCAGAAUCCAAUUUCAGAAGCCGCGUAAGAAGGUCUUCUUCCUUCUUCGCCUGGCGUCGAACUUGAAUAUCUACUUCUAGAAAGAGACAACAAAAAGUGUUGGGUGUUUCUUGUAUAUUUGAUAAGUUCUAAUGAUUGGGCGUCAGUAAAGCGUGGGUCGAUGCGCUCAGAGGAUCGAACAGUGACGAGAGUGCAGAGCAUCGGAUGGCUUGGGCUUUUCCCACCGCGGUCCAGCAAUUUGCGUGCCAGCUAUCGAACGAGGCACUGCCGUCUUCGGGCGAAUUUGCGUCCGUCUUCAAUGCGAUGGAGAAGGGAUUCGGCUCUGGGACGGUUCACAUAGAGCAGUCAACAUGGUGGGGACUGCAGGCGUAUGUUUGCGGGAAGGACAGUCGCAAGCUGACAAAGACGUUUGCGCGUUGCUUCGACGGCUACGCUGACGAGUCUGCUCUCCGGAUCAUCAAAGCCAUCGUUAAGGGCAAC